AAGGCCAGCAAAGCAAAGACAGUCCUUUCAUUUGUCAAUUUCCCUCUAUUUUUCUUUUUUUUUCUUAUCACAAGCAAACUUGGUGUAAUUGCUGCAAUUAUGCAAAACCUUUCUCAUCCCCUCCAUUGUCAACUUCCUCCAUCCCACUCUCUCUCCUCAAAUCAAUACCCACAUAUCAAAUCUUACUCUAAAAUCCAAAAAUUUCGCCUUUUAUGUUCUUCAUCAUCUCCAUCUAAAUUGGUUAAAGAUGAAAAAUUGGGGACUAUAUCAGAAUACAAGCCCAAUUGGCUGGAUGAUUUCUUUCAAAAUUCAUUUAGGAAGAAAUUGGUGGAGGAGGUUGGAUGGGAUUCAGAGAAGGCAGGCUAUGAUGGGAUGAUGGAACUUGUAAAUGGUCUCAUGAUUGGCAGAACUACUCAGCAAACCAAUCAGGCUGCGGUAGGAAUACUCAAAUCUCUAUUUCCUCCAUUUUUGCUGGAGCUUUAUCGAAUGCUUAUAACCCCAAUUGGAGGGGGUAGAAUUGCUGCUAUGAUGGUUGCUAGGGUAACGGUAUUCACUUGUCAAUGGCUCAUGGGACCAUGCUCGAUUAACUCCAUUAAACUUCCGGAUGGAUCCUCAUGCCAAAGCGGGGUUUUGGUAGAGAGAUGCAAGUACUUGGAAGAAAGCAAAUGUGUGGGAAUUUGUGUUAAUACAUGUAAACUUCCAACUCAGACUUUCUUUAAGAACCAUAUGGGAAUUCCACUACUAAUGGAACCAAAUUUCAGUGACUAUAGUUGUCAGUUCAAUUUUGGGAUUCCCCCUCCUCUACCAGAAAAUGAUAAUGCCUUGAAAGAGCCAUGUUUGGAUGGCUGCCCAUAUGCUUCUCGAGGUGGAUCAAAAGCUAUUGGUAGAAUGUCAAAUGCCAAACAAUGCCCUAGAUCAUGAGGUUUCAAUGUGAUGUAAUCCUCGAGGCUCUCUUCUUCUUCUUUCAUCUAUAUCUAUACUAAUAUAUUAAAAGCCGUCACUAAGCAAAAAACUACGUCACGUGGCACUAUCUAUUCCUUAGAAAUUAGAAUGUUUACUUUAUGUAACCACGCAAACAAUGAAAAAGAAAUAGAAAAUGUAUUUUAUAAGAUUUUAUGUAACCACGCAUACAAUGAAAAAAAAAAGAAAUAGAAAAUGCAUUUUAUAAGAUUUGAUCCCAUGACCUCAAACUUAUAAAUUAAAAUAUUAACCCCCCAAAACUAAGUAAUAUUUGAUUUUACAUUUAUAAAUGAAUAUUAUAAUUACGCAAGGCAUAACCUAAACCUAAAAACUAGUUCUUAUGCUAAAAGUUGGUUGGAUUAUUUUUAUUUUUAUUUUUCCCUCUUUCUUUGUGGUAGCAUAUGUUAAACUUAAACCCUUUCUUUUUACUCGCAUCUAGUGUGAUAAGAAAGCGCUCUUAGUUCAGCUCAGUAGAACGAUUGUUAAAAUUUUACACUUGAGAUUAGUUUGUACUAAGACUUUAACCAAAGUCAUAUUUAAGGCUAUGAUAUAGUCCCUAUAUUCCAUUUUGAUCAAUUGCAAAUAAGAGGAGAAAUCAUAUGUAGUUAAUUAAUACCUUGCCCACCAAGUUGUAAUCUGUAGAAUUUUUUAUAUAUGCUGAAUUCUAGUUCAAUUGAAAAGUCAAAGAAAUAAUGAAGAUAGAAAAUUAUGCAAGAUGACUUUGGAUGCCCCUAUUGUGAUACACAUAAUCGUAUAAUUUAUACAUUCCUUAGAAAUUUGGAUGCCUAGUGUGACAUACUCAUCAUUACUCAUUAUUAUAAUUAAGUGUAUAUUAAGUAGAGUUAAUUUCAUAGGUUUUAGCAUGGUUAGCAAGAUAUGGAUGAAAUCAACCAAAUCUCUCAUAAUUACCACCAUUUAUAGUAUAAAGUAAAGUUUGAUCUUGCGACAUCAAUAUUGAAAACUUCUAAAUAACGGUUUGAUAAAAUCUUAUGGUUCUCAUGUCAAAACAAAUUUAAUAAUAUUUUUUAUUCAGUAAUUAAUUAGUCCAAACAGUGUGAGCUCUCAUAAGUUCGGGGUAAGAAGGGGGAUUCCAAACCAUAGGGAGACUUUUAAAAAUUGAAAAAUUGGAGAUCUAUACCCGAAAGCAAAUAUUUGCAUAAACUCCUCAAAUUGGAGCUGAUCAAAGUCAAACACCCAACCUUAAGGUUUGAAGGUGGAAGCUCCAACCAUUAGGCUCUCACGAUGACUUCACAAAUGAUACAAACAUAAUUGUUGCAAUUUUAUUGACAAUUCUUCUGAUGAAGUAGAGCUGAUUAAACAAUCCCGACUCGAUUCUUUCCCGGGCUUGGGUUGAAUUUUUUGUCUGAUUUUGGGCCCGACCUUUUUUUUUUUUUUUUUUUUGUCUUUGUGACGAAAUUUGGACAAGCCAAAAUGAUUUAGUCUAAAUUUCGAUCCGGCCCGAUUUUGGCCCAAAAUAGCGUGUUUUGGACUCAAAAACUUGGCCUGAAUUUUGGCUCGCCUGACUAAUGGACAAACUUUUUUUAGGGGUGUCUCACUCUAAACCCAAGUCGGUCCGUUAUUUGAUCAGCUCUAUGGUGAAACUAUAAAUCGCGUUUUACACUACAACUCAAGAAAUUACUCGAACCUUAAUUAGACAGUACAAAGUAUAAGAUAUUAAGAGAGGGUGAUUCAAACCUGUAUUCACGGCACCUCAAUGUUAACCAGUAGACCAAUACAUUCUUGGUUGAAAUCAGACAAACCUUAAUUAGACAAUACAAAGUAUAAGAAAAGGGGAUUCAAACAUGUAUUCACAACACCUUUAUGUUAACCAGGAAACCAAUACAUUCUUGGUUGAAAUCAAACAAUAUAGGCCUUAUAACAAAACCAUAAACAACGUUGCACAUAAUUUUAAUAACAUACGUCAAAAAAUUACUCGAAGCUAAUUAUUAUGACUAAAUUAGUAAAUACUAGGGAAUUGACAAGCUAGUAUGCUUAUGCUAGGCCUCGUCACCUUGGUGUGCAAGGAAACACAUAACGUUGUUCUUUUCCUUCAAAAACAUUAAUGACUUAUUCUUUUAAUUCUAAUGUACAUUAAAAAUUAUAAUACAAAAUUCAGUGAUACAUAAGUAGGGUUUUAGUGGUUCGCCGCCUCUAUGUCCAACAAAUUUAUAAUUUAUUUAGAAUAAAAUAAAUAAAAAAUAUAUAUUAAAA